AUGCGCUUCAAUACGGCUUUACUGUGGGCGACCACCGCGCUUCACUUGUCUGCUUUGGAAGCGGGGGCGACCAUUACCGGGCAGAAAUGGUGCAACAAGUAUAUGUGCGUGACUGGACAGCACGACAGUUCUCAGAAGAUAGAUCAAUAUACUCUGGAACCCCCAGAGGGCGAUACUAUCCCACUGAGCAGCUUUGGGUGGAUGGCUAUAGGAUUUGGUUCAACCAUGGCGGACACUCCUAUGGUUAUUGGCUGGCCCAAUUCUGAUGGGUCUAUCACUCUCUCCCAGCGAGAGUCCGCAAGUCAUGCAAUGCCAAAGGUCGUCUCUUCCCCAUCACGGGAAGCCACCCUUCUUUCCUCAGCUUCCUUCUCCAACUCGUCCACUACUUCCAUAUCAUUUACACUCCCGUCAAACUCUACUGUUAGCAACGGCACAUCCAUCAUCUUUGCCGUCGGCAGCACCAAUCCGGGCGACUCUGCGGAAGAUGCAACUCUCAAGCAGCAUUCCGUCAGCGGAAACACCGAAAUCUACCUCCUUACACCCUGGUCGGCAAACUCAACCGGCAGUAGCAACACGACCUCUUCCAAUGGUUCGGGCGAUGAUGAUACAAGCUCUGCCGACUCAGCAUCCAGCAAGCGUCACAAGAUGCUCAUUGCACACGUUGUUUGCGGGGCAGUAGCGACCAUGGCGCUCUUCCCGAUCGGGAUAAUCACUCCUCGUAUCGCUCGUGGAUUGACGACCAGCAGGUGGUGGUUCCCCGUCCAUGGAGCUGUGAAUGGAAUGUUGGGCUUUGGGUUGGUGGUGGCCGCUUUUGGGAUUGCAAGAGGCAAUUUCGAUGGAAACUUUGAGACUUCUCACCGGAAACUUGGACUUGCCCUCUUCAUUCUCUGUAUAUUCCAAACCCUCCUGGGUAUCUACACCCACUCAUACCGCCCCACCCCGAACCAAAAACGAUUCACUACCUCCUCUGGUCGCGGUCCUUCCAACUUUAUCCACAUGGCUCUCGGGCUGGUGGUGGUGGCAAUCGGGUUUGCGACUGUCUGGAAAGGGUUGGAUGAAGAAUGGGAGAUCUGGAGUGGCACUGGGAAACCGGCAACAGGGUGGAAAGCCGGGUGGGGGUUGGUCGUUGGUAUCACAGCUCUCGUCUACCUUGCGGGUCUCUACCUCAUCCCCCGUCAACUCCAUAAUGAACGCCAACGCCGCAACCUUUCUUCAACCAUCAACCACCCCAACCCCUCUGCCAACUACGGCGCGCCUCCACCUGGCAAUCACGCAUCUUUCGUCAGAGGAGACUUUCCUUCGAUGCAAAAGGAUUUGAACAGUAGUACGGAGAGCCGAGAGCAGUAUGGGAUGGGGUAUGUACCCAGACAGGGGCACGAGAGGCUGCCUCCACCGCCAGUGACGGUGCAGCCGCAGCAACAGAGGAGGUUGCCUCCCAAGUGGGUUCCAGACAGCAGUCGUGGUCGAUCCACUUACUAG